GGGAGGAGACGGCGCGCGGGACGGGGAGGAAUGGCCUGACUUUCCCAGUUAAACCAUCGCGAGUCAUGGAUGCGGAAGGGCGACGCGCCCCCCUGUAGGAGAAUGACCGCGAUUCGAGACCCUCCGCGCCCGAGCGCGUGGAUGUGAGUGCGAGGCUGGCCAGCGGUGGGGGUGGGGGUUGGUGUUCGGGGGAGAUUCUGAUGCAAUCGGCCCGGAAAGGAGGAGGCGAGCCAGGCAAGCGCUGGCUGGGGCAGCCACGCCACUCCGCCUGAAGGUCGCCGGGAACCUCCGCCCUUCACCUUCCUCGGAAGUCCGCCGCGCCAAGCCGAGCCUCCCCGCCCGGCCCUCGCUGACGGGGGCCACCUCUCCUGGCCGAGGCAGCCAGACCUCGACACAAAGGACACCAAACGGCUGCGGGUAAAAAUCCAGAAGGGCGUACACCUUGACGUCGCCUUUUGCCACCUUUCCCUUUAUUUCUCGAGGCAUUAUGUCUAUGUGCAUAGAAAAACCCUGGGAGGCCAUACGACAAUAUAUAUACAGUUAUCAUCUCUGCUUACUGAGAUAACAGGGGUGUCAAGCUUAUAUUUUUGCUGCUAUCUACUUCUAAAUACACUCAGAACAGGAGAAAUUUGGACUACUUUUUUUGACUACAGAAACUUUCUAAACAUGAUGCAUUUCAAAAGCGGACUCGAAUUAACUGAGUUACAAAACAUGACAGUGCCUGAGGAUGAUAAUAUUAGCAAUGAUUCCAAUGAUUUCACCGAAGUGGAAAAUGGUCAAAUAAAUAGCAAGUUUAUUUCUGAUCGUGAAAGUAGAAGAAGUCUCACAAACAGCCAUCUGGAAAAAAAGAAAUGUGAUGAAUAUAUUCCAGGAACAACCUCCUUAGGCAUGUCUGUUUUUAACCUAAGCAACGCCAUUAUGGGCAGUGGGAUUUUGGGACUCGCCUUUGCCCUGGCAAAUACUGGAAUUCUACUUUUCCUGAUACUUUUGGCUUCAGUGACGUUGCUGUCUAUAUAUUCAAUAAACCUUCUAUUGAUCUGUUCAAAGGAAACAGGCUGCAUGGUUUAUGAAAAGCUGGGAGAACAAGUGUUUGGCACCACAGGGAAGCUCGUGAUCUUUGGAGCCACCUCUCUGCAGAACACUGGAGCAAUGCUGAGCUACCUCUUCAUAGUAAAAAAUGAACUACCGUCUGCCAUAAAGUUUCUGAUGGGAGAGGAAGAGGCAUUUUCAGCCUGGUAUUUGGAUGGCCGAGUUCUGGUGGUGGUAGUUACCUUUGGCAUAAUUCUCCCUCUGUGUCUCUUGAAGAACUUAGGGUAUCUUGGCUAUACUAGUGGAUUUUCCUUGAGCUGUAUGGUUUUUUUCCUAAUAGUGGUAAUCUACAAGAAAUUUCAAAUCCCCUGCAUUGUCCAAGAGCUAAAUUCAACAACAAGUGUUAAUUCAACAAAUAUUGGCACGUGUACACCAAAAUAUGUUACCUUCAAUUCAAAGACCGUGUAUGCUUUACCAACCAUUGCAUUUGCAUUUGUCUGCCACCCGUCAGUCCUGCCAAUUUACAGUGAGCUUAAAGACCGAUCCCAGAAAAAAAUGCAGAUGGUUUCAAAUAUCUCCUUUUUUGCCAUGUUUGUUAUGUACUUCUUGACUGCCAUUUUUGGCUAUUUGACAUUCUAUGAAAAUGUGCAGUCAGACCUCCUUCACAAGUACCAGAGUAAAGAUGACAUUCUCAUCCUGACAGUGCGGCUGGCUGUCAUUGUCGCUGUCAUCCUCACAGUGCCAGUGUUAUUUUUCACGGUUCGUUCAUCUUUAUUUGAACUGGCUAAGAAAACAAAGUUUAAUUUAUGUCGUCAUGUCUUGGUUACCUUCAUCCUCUUGGUUAUCAUCAACUUGUUGGUGAUCUUCAUACCCUCCAUGAAGGAUAUUUUUGGAGUCGUAGGAGUUACAUCUGCUAAUAUGCUUAUUUUCAUUCUUCCUUCGUCUCUUUAUUUAAAAAUCACAAACCAGGAUGGAGAUAAAGGAACUCAAAGAAUUUGGGCUGCCCUUUUCUUGGGUCUGGGGGUGUUGUUCUCUUUGGUCAGCAUUCCCUUGGUCAUCUAUGACUGGGCCUGUUCAUCGAGCAGUGACGAAGGCCACUGAGACCAGCCAAGAAGAGGAAACAUUCUGGUCUGCUGCUCAGUCAAGUCACAUUCAUCAGCAACCCCCGCCCCCCCAUCACUUCCUUUGCAAGUUUACAGAAGCAAACAGAAACUUACAAGACACUUAAAAUGGAAUGACACUUUGGUUGCAAAACAGAGACCUGUCUCUAUAAUGGUUCAUGUUCUUUCAAGAUUUGGGAUCAAUUUAGGGAUUGUGGAUUUUUUUUUUUUUUUUUUUUUUUCAAAUUUCACAUAAUUGUAAUUCCCAGUACUCUUCACAAUCAGUAAUUUUUCACUCUUUGUUUUGUGGCUUCAGAGUCUCUUAGAACUUUGAAAACAUGAUCAUUUGUCAUGUUAAUUUAUUAUACAUCUGGAUUCUGAAAUAAUUUUCCUACUGAUGUUCAGUUCACAUUAUCUGUACCUUUUUAGAUGAGAAAAGAAUCUCGAAUUGUAUAUAUUUAUUUUGCUUUACAGAAAAAAAAAUGGUUUCGUAAAUAAUUUGCUUAUUUUGGUUAACAGAGCACAUAGGGAUAAUCAUAUGAGUCAUAGGGCAGGUGCCACUGCUGGAUCAGAGCAUGCCCAAUAUUUGAGGCAGCUCUGAUCACCUGGCAGCCGAGCUCGGGCAAUCCAGUGGCCCAGCUGGUACUACAUCCCAUUCCCGUGCAGAGACAUUCUCUGGUGAGUGUUUUCAGCAGGGAAGGAGGUGGGGAUGAUUCUUACCUUGGUAAAUGUAUUAAACUACAUAUUUUGGGUAAUCUAGCAAAUGAAGUUUUAUUUCCCUCUUGGCAACUUGUGUCCAAGUUACUCUAGUCUGAGUCAACUUCUGCUGGGGGAGACCCAUGGCACCUUCUGCUAAAAGAUUGUGCAAAACACCUAAGAAAAUAUUUCUCUGAUGCAGAUAACCUUCAACACAACACCUGUAUUGUUGAAGGGGGGAAAACGUGUUAUUAAAUUCUAAGCCCAGCAGCUUUUACUCAUGUCCACCAGCUUUUUGCACAGAGAAUAAUGUGUAUCUAGCCAAGGAUGAUCUAGGAUAAGUAAUUCCUGUUUUAUAUUGAGUACUUUAUGGGACUCUUUAAAAGACUUGUUUUAUAUCUAUACAUUUAGGUUAUUCCAAAUACAAGAUUUUUGUACCUUAAAUAAGCCUCAUUUCUGUUUCUUCUCCAUUAACUCCAUCCAGAGAUAGUCUUUGUGACGAACCUCUGAUGAAAUCACAGUGUUAUCUUCCUUCCCCCAGACGGGAGAGAGAAGGGGGCCUCAGUAUCUGUGCCGCCUCCUCUUCUUUUCCCUAACCAGGGGGUGGGCCAUUCUGCCCGUCCCUACAUGAUCCACACAGAAGGACAGAGUCGCCUUGUACUCUCACUCCAGUCCCUCUGCUAAAGGGAGCAGAAGGAAACUACAAAGAGACUGAAAAAGAAGAGUUUGGGACAAAGUAGCUGGGAAAGGAAUGGGGACACCAAGGAAACCCAGGACCACAUUCCCCUAAGCUGGGCCAUCGCCUGUGACUGGAUUGUCCAUAUCUUACGGACAGUAAGAAAUGUGAGUGCUCCGUGAGCUGGUCUCUUGAAACAGGACUUGUGUUUCAUCUACAUUCUGGUUGGAUUUUUCACACGCGUAAGUUCACCAAGCAGAGAUUUCUUAUCCGAAGAUAAGUAGAAUCUAGCCACAGACGGCUGGCAGGGUUUCCAGGCACUUAGCUCUGUUCCUUCCUGACUCGAAUCCCCAAAGGCCUUUAUUCUCACCGAGAGUAACACGGAACUGUCCCCUCCCUUUACAGACUAAUGUCCCAUAGAUAAGGCAGGUAUUGAAGCACCUGUCAUGAUCCUCUUGGGGGAGAAUAAAAGUUAUUUCCUACAUUGCAUCAUCAUAGCUUUUAAUAUAAUGCUACAGAAUUACAUUAGGUCUGAAUUCAGGUAUUUAGAAAUGAAGACCUGACCUAGAUAUGAAUAACCUAACCUAGUAAAAUCCAUAGCCAUCUCUGUCCUUCUCAGAAGUGUUUUCCAUAUUAUACAAGCAAUGAUAGAAAUUGAGCAAAACAAGAUUCAGUCAGCCUUUGGGGGUUUGUCAAGAACACCAAGCAAUGAAAUAGCCAGGUAGUGGGGUGGCCCCACGUUAAAAAAAUGCACAAUUUAGGUUGCAAGCUGUGUUAUGCUGCUUUCAAUUUUCUUCAUUACUUUAUAACAAUUUAUUUUACAUUUGCAAAAUCAAUUUAGAAAAUCAUCAUGAACUCUGGGAUGUGUCGUGAUAUUUUCUCUGGAUUUUAUUUGUCAGUACGAGAAAUUUUUAAAUUAUUAUUUAAAAUAUAUUUAUUCAGAGGAGGCAAAUUGUUGAUGUCUGUAAUACCACAUAUUUUUAAAACCUUCUUUGUAUGUUUAUCUAAAUUUGCUGUUGACUGAAUAUUAUAGACCCUACUGUAAUUUGUCAAAUAUCACUGAUGAAUUACAUCAUUUGUGUGGAAAUAGCUGUAAAGUGUACUGCUUUUAUUCUUGUUCAGAAUAGUGAACUGGUAGCCAAAAACACAUGUGUCACAGAUGUUAGGUAGAAUAUAAACAGCACAGUCAAGUGCUAUAGAAGUUUUUCUGCUAAAUUAGUAGACUAAAGAAUACUAUACCUUAGCCAUGACAGCAGCACGUUUGCCUUUGGUAGAUAGGAUCUCUGCACUAGUGAAUAGUGCCGGAUUCAUACUUUGGAUUUAGAACUGUUCUCUAGUUGUUGUAACACAGAGUACUGUAAAUCCCUAAUUAACUUAAUGUUACUUAUUAGAAGUAGGAGUAGUAAAACAUGCACAGAAAGGAAAUCUACUCUUUUAAGGCACUGGCGUCCCCAGUUUAGAAGGAGAUCAUAUUUCAAAACUAUAUAAGUUGGUUGUUUGCAACCUGGAAUGUAUUUUCUUUUAGAAACCAGAUUAUAUAUGGUGGUUAGGCCCCCACGCCAGCUAGGAAAGAUUAUCAAACCUAUAGUUUAACUGAAAUAGAAUCAUGUAAUAAGAUGGCUAAAGAAUCUAACCACCAAAUAUAGUAUUGUUUCUAGGGGGUAUUUGUUCAAAGUUGCCAAGAAUACGUAUUGCCUGUUGUUAGUAGAAUCUGGACUGUCCAUCCGAGCCACAUACCACAUGCUGGACAGCGGGCCUAGGGUCACCAACCAGUCAGAGGUGACCAGAGUGACCUAAAGCAGGGUCUCCAGCAAAGAUGGGGAGAAGUAAGUUUAGGGCCACCAGACAGCCUGGUGAUAGGAGGAGGCUGAAGGAGGGUGAGGGUGGCUUCUUGUGGGUUGUAGACUUCAGGGACAGUCCCCAGCUGGCACCUUUUCUUCUCCCUGGAGGUCUCGGGCUUGGCCUGCCUGUUUCUGUUCAUAUGACUUUUUGCUCCUGUAGUUUGUCUCCUUCCCUGCCUGCUACAGAAAAGGCUGUUGCUGCACAGCUUGUCCCGUAUGCCGGUUGUUGAGGCCAGCGCACAGCACCUGUCAGUGCUAGUGACCACGCUUUAACCAGAUGGGGGCAAAGAAGCGCUUUACCCACUUUCCUCUUCUACAUUUACAGACUCUGUUGAGAAAAGAAAGACACGCAUGGGUGAUGGUGGCAGGGCUGGGGAGGAUGAAGGUCUGUGGUAAGAUUCCUCAGCAUUUCAGAGGACACCUCAGAGUUACCCCAGGACUGACUUCUUUCUGGAGUUGGACUCAAGCCUCUAAGGCAGUGGUUCUCAAAGUGCGGUCCCCAGACCAGCAGCGUCAGCAUCACCUGGGAACUUGUUAGAAUCACAAAUUCUCAGGUCCCACUCCAGACACAGUGAAACCAGAAACUCUCGGGGUGGAGGGGGUCCAGCAAUAUGCGUUUCAGCGAGCCCUUCAGCUUGGAGCCACUCUAAGCCUUUUUCUCCCCAUUAGUCCUACCUCAGAAGAUGGCUCCUGGGACUUGUGAGGCAAAAAAUGGGAACCAGGACUUAGGGAGGGGAGGAAAGAGCCUUGGCAGCAGGGGACUGUGCAGAAACGGAAUCCUGUGCUGCCACCCAGUUGUCCCCUCUCCCACUGGAGAUACUGAAAGAGGGCUGCCUGUGCUUGGGGGUUUCCUUGGGUUGAGGCAUGACCAUAUUACAUUUUUUAAAGCUGUGAAGACAUGAAAGUGAGGCUUUUUCUUUUUUCUCUCCUUUCUUUCUUUCUUUUUCUUUUUUCCUUGAGGGAAAUUAAAAGAAAAUACUCUUUGUAAAUGCCACCAUAGAGGAAAUACUAAAUUCAUGUCAGAAGUAAGUUCACCAGAGCGUUUGUGUUCAUCAUGUGGGGAUCAUUCCUGUCCCCCUUUCACCUUUCAGAAUGAAUUGUCUACUGAAGGGUCUGUUCUGCUUAAGGAGUACAGACUGCUCCAAAAAGAACGCAGAGCUUGGUUCCAUUUCAGUGGGGCAUAAUGUUGGACAGCACAUUUAGGAGACAUUAGCUGGAGUGGGGAGGAGGUUGGUGAUAGGAUCAGAUAUUUGAUUUUACGCCUUAGAGCAAAACUUUAAGUCUCAGCUCAGUUUAUCAGGUUAAAUAGCUUGAGGCUUAGAAAGGACAUAAGCUUUAAGAAUACAAUUCCCCCAUUCAAGUUCACAGUAAACAUGUAGCCACUUUCAAAACAGAGAAGAUACAGACUAUAUGAUUUAGCAAUACUAAUAAAUGGUUUUCCUUAAGGAUGGCAGAUCUAAGAAUCCUUUAGCAACAGGACAUACUUCAUAAAAAAUACAGUGAAUUAUUUAUGCUAUUAAGCUUUCAGGUACAAAUUAGGGGUGGGGUGGCUAACAACUAAAUCUAAAAGGGAAAGUACUUGAAAAACAUGCAAAAUUGACAAGGCACAGACUUUUUCCUUCUUCGGGGUUUUCUCUGAGGAAGGGUUUGUGAAACUGGACUUGUCCGUAUACAGGCUCAAAUUUGUGUUUUAAAGGAAGAAUCUAUGCAUCUGAGACUUAUUGUAGGAAACACUUCAUUUGUAUAUAAAUAUAUUGUAAAUAAAUAGGGGGCUGUAUAUUUUUGCAGUUGUUGAUCCACACUGAAAUAGAAGGCUUUAGUAUCUGCAUAUAAAGAAUAAAUGUUUUCAUAGAUAUUAGUGGUUUUGUUCGGGGAUUAGAAAAACUUACAUUUCCUCCCAGUUAACAUAGUUCUUUCAAUAUAAACUUGAAACCUAAAACCUUACUUAAUUGUUUAGAAAAAGAAAUGUCUGAGAAAUAGUUACAUUGAUUCUUAUGCUGGUACAAGUAUUAAGAUCAAUUAUUUAAAAGAUAGUCCUCUGAGCUACAAAUAAGAAAUAUUUAGACCCAAAUCAUCAUCACAUAGAAACAGAGAUACCGAAAAUGUCAAACUGUUUCUCCAUAAUGCUUUUUCAGUGUUAACAUUGACACCAGUAUUUACGAAAACAGAGUUUGGGGAGGAGAAUGUUCUAUUCACAAUUGAAGGGAUGUGUUUUCCAAAGUCUGGUAUCUCUGAGGGGAGAAAAACCUGAAUGUUAACUAUGAGCACAAAGUUGAAGGAAAGAAAACAAAGAACCACUAUUUUAUCAUGCUUUUGAAAGUCUUGCAUGUUUGCCUUUUAUUUAGCAUUGACAUCAACCUGGACUCUCAUAACUUUCCCCCAAUCACUGGAAUCUUAAUCAUUGGUACGUAAUCCACUCUCUGGAGUCCAGUGUAUUUUGGAUGUCAUCUGAGUCCAGUAUAUGUAGCACACCACUGUUUUAUUCAUGUAAAAACCUUGUAAAUGAAUUUCAGAUGAGUGAUUUCAGUGAAUCACAAGUCACAAAACUGCUAUUCAUAGUUAAUCAAAUAGAGUUGGGUUUUUUUCAGGAUGUGGUGUAAAUAAAGAAAU